AUGAGCCGCGAAUGCAAAGCAGAACAGCGCACUAAUAAAGUAGUGGCCCUGGGAGCUCUAAAAAGGUUGAAGAAAAGGGAUAAUCAGAACGUAUCGGACUUCUGCGUGGAGCUGGAGCAGCUGACGCGGCAGGCUUAUCCGGAACUGGAUGAACGCACACUAGCAGUGGAGCGCGCACAUUUGCUGUACGAUCAGCUUGUACAUUGGCGUGAUUCCUACUACCUUCUGGAGGCGUUGGAAUGUGAGCAGGACGCUUACGAAAAGUUGAAGGAGGUGGCUAAAAGGAUUGAGCGCCGUAAUCUGACCUUGAAGCAGGCCAAAGAGCACGACCCAGGCGAGAAAAGAGUUCAUCCCAAGUCAUCUCCAGAGGAUCAGCAAGAGCAUAAUCGGAAAGGCACGCGCAGCAAGACUACGGUGUGCUACAAAUGUCACGAUGAAGGCCAUAUGGCUCGUGACUGCGGGAAAAUCAAAACGCCAGCAAAACAAGGAUCAUCGUUGUCAAACAAACUGCGCGGAGACCGCAGCGUGACUGCAAAAGUUCACAGUCUGGAUUCAACCAAAUGGCCAAAGGAGGAGCUGAGUCCAUUGUUUGGCAAAAAGAUGGCUGUGGAGUUAGAGAUUCUAGGAGUGAAGGCUCGAGGCUUGCUCGACACUGGGUCGGAAAUAUCUAUCAUACCAGGUGACGUGUUGCUGCGAGCAAAACAGGCUGGGUGCGACAUUGAUAAAUUAUUGGUGGAGCAUGAGAUCGACCGAUCGAAGCGCGUGUAUGACGCUUCAGGUGGAGCCAUGCAGUUCGUCACAGUGGUUGAGGUCCCUAUACACGACUGUUCGAGCGGACGUCAAGUGAGAGCACUGGUUCAUGUAACCAAAGUCAAGAAUGACAAGGACGACAUGGUGAUUCUGGGUACGAAUGUGCUCUCAAUGCUUGGAUAUCGGCUGAAUCGACGGAAUGCGUCAAUUCAUGAUACCAACGAGUUACGCGAAAGGGGUUCCCAAUCCCACACUUUACGUCAGAUACCAAGACCGAGAACGGCGAAGGUUGCGCAACGCGGAUAUGUUGCGCCAGGAGCCAUGACAUGGGUGAAACUGUCAGGGUGCAGCAGAGAAGCAGACUGGAUGUUAGACUCCUCUAUGCCACUGAUACACAGUGGCGUGUGCCGUGCAGAAGAGAAUGGCCUAGUGGAAGUACCCGUGGUAAAUAGUUCGUCCGAACCUGUGGUUUUGCGAACAGGUGAGCAAGUUGGUCAGUGGAAACAACACAAAGCCGACUGGACUGAGGCAAGUGUUAAAGAUGUACCAACAGAUAUGCUCUCACUGGAAACCAAGGAACUGUCACCUCGUCAAAGACUGGGUAAACUGCGACAGUUUCUCAAAGAGAAUCGGAGAGAUGGGACUUUGUCCUCAAGGUUGUGGAAUCUGGUCAAAGACAACCAUUCUGUCUUUGCGGUAGAAGAUAAAGAGCUGACACAGACAUCGCUGGUGAAGCACGAAAUCAGAACCGGAGAUACGGAGCCCAUUCGCCAGAGAACUCGACCGGUGCCA